GCACGCCGACGUCGCGGCCAAGCAGGCCGCCUCGCUCGCCAAGUGGGUGGACGUCCUCUACAGCGAGGUGAACGCGCUCCAGUCGAAGGUCAACGAGCUGGAGGACUGGAAGAAGAACACCCUGGAGAUCAUGACUGUGCUCAGAAAAGAGCACAGGAAUGUUCGCAAGAAGGUGCAGCCUCCUGGCGAAGGCGGCGGCGACUUCCCGGGGAGGUCCAAGUCCCUACCGAUCUCGCUAGCGGACCACGUCGAGCCAGGCCACCCGCGGCCCAGGAGUCUCCCCGCCCGGGAGCGCGUGGGGGACAGUGGCGCGAUCUCGGGCCAGAUUUUCUUGGACGGCAUUUGCUUCCGUUCCGAGAUCGCCGAGUUGCCUCGUGCUGGCUACGGGCUCGUUUCGGUCGGCGUCUCGGGCGAUAGGGCCAAUCCAUGGUCCACGAUCGGCGUGUACCCCGUGCGGGCUGGGCCAGGCGUGCGCGUCCGCCAGUCCUGGGCACAGGAGUGGCCCUGCCAGGACGGACGCCGGCAGACCGGUGCGGCCGUAUUUGCCCGGAUGUCCAUGAACAGGGUCCAGCUGCUCACCCUAACAGGCUGCGCGUGA